UGUGAAUAGGCUGUGGAAGAGGGCGAGACUGGCGGUUCAUCAGCGCAGAAAAUAUAUUAACAAUUUCAAAUGGGGGAUACAAGAGGACUUUACGCGCGCUUGAAGGUGAUUUAACGAACUAUUUUUCUUUGGAGAGUCUAUUACCAGGAACGGCAUUUAGUCUGAUUCCCAUUUACUUGCUCUCAUCUCUUGUCUCAUACCUUGUAUUGUUACUUUGCAACUAAAUGCAGAGAAAGGAAAUAGCAAGUAAAAGAACAAUAGACAAUAGUUUAUGGUUAGCUUACUUAUAUUUCUGUCAUUGUCGCCUUAAUGACUGCAUUUAAUUUAAUUUCACCUGAGGUUAAUCUUUCAAUAAAGCUUACCUUUACUGUAUAUGACUUUAUAGUAUAGCCCUUGAAUUAUAAAUAUUGUCUUAAAAGCAUCAGCCAGCUUGUUCAUUAUUUUUGGCCACCCCUGCAUCCUACUCACUGGGUGAAUGUUAGGUUAACAACAACGGGCACUAUCGAAAACAGCGCAUAAGGGGGAGAUUGGUGGCAAGACCUGAAAUAACCUUUAUUUUGCCAGGUAUGGAUGAAAACAUUGAAAGCAUUACUUGUAUGGGCCUUUACUGAAAGAAGAUAAAGAGAAACCCCACCAGUGACAAUAGAAUUCCCACUGAAUUAUUUGGACAAACACGUCGACAUAGUAGACAUAUUUAAAAAAUGAAUUCCAAAUUCUAAAUUGAUGUUGCAAAGUAGCCUAAUAACAACAGUUUCAUCAUUUGUGUUCAAUCAGGCGGUAUCAUGGCAGGCUGCUCUGACUGUCACUUUCCUCAAUAGGCAUGACCCGUUUACAGUGUAGCAGGUUUCAAAGGCGAGUUGAUGUGAUGCGCGCAGGUGAGGCUAGAUGUGAGUCAAGCUGACGUUUUCCCUUGACCGGUAAAAUAGCCAGAAGCUUUUAUAAAACCAAAUAUAAAUUGAACCUCAAUAUUCAAUAGUCUGAAGAUUUUGCACUGUCAACGUAACAUACUGCUACAGUUCCCCCUUUGAGUGCGCUCGAUUUAGCUCCGUUUUGAAGUGUAGAAGUAAAACUGGCAUCUGGGGAAAAUAGGUGCGACAAACCUGCCUUGUAAACACAUGUGAAUUAAAGUGUUAGUUUAAGUAAAUGUUUCAUAAAGGGCAUUGAAUGCAAUGCAUUAAAUAGACCAGCCCAAACCAAAAUAGGCAAUUGCUUAUGCAAAACAUAGACUACCUGCUUAAAACGUUUUAAUCCUUGGAUUUAUUAUAAUACUAUUAUUUUAGAAAUAUACAGUUAUCCAGUUAUCAUUUAAUGGGGAAAAUGUGUUUUAAUCAAAUCGGAUCUUGUUGCUAGUGUAUUCAAGUUGUAUAUCUUAGAAGCAAUAAACUGAAAACAUUCCAAAACAUCAAUUACAAAUCUAAACUCCAAAAUGUUGUGUCUCAGACUACUGGCUGUUGUCCUCAUAAUGAUCAACACAUUGUUGCUAAACUCUGCUCAAUCAGAUCAUAUCCAAAAGUUCAAACGCACAUUGGCUCAGAGAGCUGACAGUGAAGUGGCUCACUUAGCAAGUGAACAGUGCAGGUCCACAAGACAGCCUAGACAAGUAACAUACUCAGCAUCAGUUCUACAUCUCCCUCCAGUGGCUCACCCAAGGAGAUACACCACAAGGCAAAGAGGUUUCUAUCAUAUAGGUCCUCUUGAGAAGUCCUCUUGUUCAGGUGGGUGCAAUUAUGAUGCUAAUUCUAACCCAGGACUGCAUAGUGCCUCUCAUUGGGGCAAUGGUGAGAAGAAGGUUAAUCGGGGAAACUCGGAGGCAGUGCUACCCAAAGACAAGGAGGAGAGACAUGUUAAGAGUAUGGGGAUGGUCAGUUCUCCUCACCUCGACUCCAGUAGCAAGCCUCCCAGUCAGCCUGAGGUGACAGUGGAUUCAAACAGUGACAGUGACAAACCAGAGGUUGAUGGUGUGCGCUCUGAGGGCCCAGACAAGCUGUUGCCGCUCAAGAAGCAGCAGAGAGUUCCGACUGACACGCCCACCUUCCACAGAAGGGUCCGCCGUAGCCCGGCAGUCUCCAAUGGUGAAGACAGUCGGGCAGCUUUCCCUGAAAGCAUAGUAAACUCCCGGGGGAUAUUCCCUACGUUUCGACAGCACAGUGACUAUUCUGCUGAGAGUGAGGACUACCCUGGGGAUCGGGAGGGACCACCUAACCCCGGCCCCGCCAGAAUGUUGUGGGGUGCCCAGAUCCCAGAUGUCCACCCUAAGUGGAUGUCUGCUUUGUACUUUAAUGGACAGAAGGAACAACUGAGGGUCAAUCCAGCAGCUGGUAUUCAGCUUCCUCGGGCCAAGUUCAGUGUUGAACUGUGGGUCAAACCAGAGGGUGGGCAGACUAACCCAGCCAUCAUAGCAGGGGUUUUUGACAACUGCUCCUACUCCUUAAGUGAGAAAGGAUGGUCAGUAGGUAUUCGGACAGUAGAACCCAGGGGGAGAAAAGAUGCCAGAUUCUUUUUUACACUUCGUACCGACCGUGCUCCCAAAGCAACGACUAUCUAUGGGCAUCAGCGCUACCACCCUAACUCCUGGACUCACCUGAUGGCCAGCUACAAUGGUCACAAUAUGACCCUCUACAUAGAUGGUGCCAAGGUUGCAGAGAGCCGUUUGCAGUCUGGUAACCUCUACAGCCCGUUCAUGGAGACCUGUCGAACACUUCUUCUCGGUGGGGACCAGUCAGACCUUGGGCACAACUUCCGAGGGUACAUCGGGGGUAUUGUGUUAUGGGUGCUUCCUCGCACUCACGAGGACCUCCUGAAAGGGCGCUCUCAGAUUGAUAAGAGGGAACCAAACCUUGCUCUCUGGACUGACUUCUCUGAGGUAGAGCAACAUUGGAGUCCUCAUAAGGACGGCUACCACCCGUCCAUAGUCAUUAUCCCUAUCCCUGAGCUGGAACAUGUGUCCCCCUUUGUGCCCCCUCCCUGUGGAUUAACAGCCUGUGACAACACAGACAUCAUCCUCGGCUACAAUAACCACUGGCAGCUGCGCACAGAGAAGAGGAUCCGCUACCGCAUUGUCAACAUCUGUAACGACGACGGAAGUCGUCCCACCGUCUCCCAUGCCCAGAUCCAGCAGCAGCACCAGGCACUUGUCGAAGCCUUCCGGUCCCACAACAUCAGCUUGGAGCUGAGCACGCAUACCAUCCAGAACACAUCUCUACGCCAGCGCUUCAUCCUAAGCAACUGCCGGAUCAGUAAGAUUGGUAACAGGCACUGUGAUGCGGAGUGUGACCACCCACUGACGGGCCAUGAUGGUGGGGACUGUCUGCGCCUGGGGCCCUGCUACAACUGGAAGAGGAGGGACGGGGUCUGCAACACAGAGUGCAACAGCAUCCACUACGACUUCGAUGAUGGAGACUGUUGUGAUCCAGAAGGCACAGAUGUCCUGAAGACCUGCUUCGACCCAGAGUCCCCAGACAGAGCCUAUAUGAGUGUAAAGGAACUGAAAGAGGUGUUGCACCUGAGCAGCACAGACACCCUCAAUGUUUUCUUUGCCAACAACUCAGCCCGUGAAGAGUUAGCAGGGGCUGCAACCUGGCCAUGGGCAAAGGAGGCCCUCAACCAUCAGGGUGGAAUGGUGCUCAAUCCAUCCUACUUUGGCACUGUCGGACACAAUAACACAAUGAUCCAUGAGAUGGGCCAUAUCUUUGGACUGUAUCAUGUCUUCAAGGGGGUCAGUGAGCGGGAGUCCUGUGAUGAUCCCUGUCAGGAAACCACUCCCUCCAUGGAGACAGGAGACUUAUGUGCAGACACGGCUCCUACACCAAAGUCAAAGGCCUGCCAUGACCCUGGCUAUGUGAACGACACCUGUGGGAUAACGCUCUACCAAGACACACCGUACAACAACUACAUGAGUUACACAGACGAUAACUGCACCAACCAUUUCACACCAAAUCAAGUGGCUCGGAUGCAUUGUUAUAUGGAUCUAGUCUACGAGAACUGGCUGAAAGGGAGAAGGCCCACCCCCAUCCCUCUCAAGCCCAUGGUGAUUGGAAAGAGCUCAGAUUCGGUCUCCAUUCAUUGGCUUCCACCUGUAAGAGGGCCACUUCAUCAAAGUUCUCCUACAGUGGAUAGUGUAAACUGCAGGGACUGUGAGGCAGAUGGUGUGUUCCAUCAGUAUGCCUAUGAGGCCACCUCGCCACGGGUCUGUGACUCCUCUGGAUACUGGACACCUGAAGAGGCUACUGGCCCUCCAGAUGUAUACCAGACCUGUGAGCCCAGCCUACAGGCCUGGAGUCCAGAACUCAGCCUGUAUGAUGCCAACGUGACGUCUCCCUGCCCUGAAACCGAGGGCUGCGUCCUGAUGCUGCGCUUCCUCCACCUUGUGGUCCCUGACAGCCUCACUGUGUGGGUCACCUACAUCUCAGCCGAUAACCAGGUGAUUAUCAACAUCGAGCUAAUAACAGACACAGACGAGUCUCUAGACAUGGGUCCACAGCACGUCUUCUGUGAUGUGCCCCUCACCCUACAUGUGCACACCGAAAAAAGGGUGGCAGCUGUCAAACUGAGCACCUUUGAUGAGAAGAUGGAGAUUGACGCUGUUCUGCUUACUUCUGGCCCCCAUAAUCCUCUCUGCUCCAGUUGCCAGCCUCUGAUCUACCGAGUUGUCCGGCAACCGCCGUUUUCAGGCAAUCUGGUCCAGCAAACUCUGCUUACAUUUACAGACAGUGAUAUUGAAAAGGACAUGGAGUACCAGUACAGAGUUCAGGUGGAAGCAGACGGUCUUCUCAGUGAGCUCUCCCCACCUCUCCUCUACACCCAUGGUGCUGCCUACUGCGGUGACGGACUUCUCCAGGGGACAGAGGACUGUGAUGAUGGCAAUCUGUUGGAUGGUGAUGGCUGCUCUAAGAAGUGCCACAUGGAGUCAGGCUUCAACUGCAAUGGUGAACCCAGCCUGUGCUACGUCUUUGAGGGUGAUGGUAUGUGUGAGGAGUUUGAGAGGGGCUCCAGCAUACAGGAUUGUGGUUACUUCACCCCUCAUGGGUACAGUGACCAGUGGGCCUCCACCGCAGCAGCCUCCCAUCAGGACCAAAGCAGCUGCCCUGCCCUGGCAGCCACCGGAGAGCCCUCGCUUACCAAGCUGUGCAAGCCCCAGUACCUGGAGAUGAAUGAGAAGCUGUCACAUGACAUAUGGGUUCCAUGCACGGCCCAGUCAUACACUCAGACCUACUACGAUGAGGAAGAUACAGUAUGGCUAAAGGUGGGAUUUACGCAACCUGGAGUCGCCGCGUCUGUCAUCAUCUAUCUGGCCUCGGACGGAGCCUGGCCUGGAGAGCAGUGCAGGAAAACAGUCACCGUCCAACUGUGUGAUACUGGUGGCAGAAACCACUCCCUGGGUUCCUUUGAGCUGUCGUGUCAGCAGAAUCCUCUAGUGGUGAACGUGACACACAACCUGAGUCAACCCUUCUUCCUGACCACCGCUGUCAUCCUCAACUUCUCCUCGCCCUUCGUUGCCGUGACGGGAGUCGCUCUGCGCACGUCAUGUCACUUCAGCGCAUUUUCCCUCACUGGCUGUUCCCGGCGGCCCUGCCAGAUGGACACAUGCAGUCCUCCUCAGUUGGAGCAUGCCUCUGUCACCUGCAGCCCCGAGACAGAGAGGACUGAGACCUCUCACUGCACUGUCCACUGUCAUCCAGGUUUCAUCCUCACUGUGCUCAGUGGAAAGGGUAAUCCACCCUUUCAGCAAGAAACGGAGCUUCAGUGUAUAAAUGGAGCAUGGGACCAUGUUGUGAGCUGUCAGCUAAUUGACUGUGGGCCCCCUGACCAGUCUCACAUCUACUUCGCUGUCUUCAGCUGCCCCUGGGGAACGACAUUUGGCAAGCAGUGCUCUUUCACCUGCAACCCCCCCGCCAUGCUUCAGGGGGAUAGUGAUAGGUUGGUGUGCCUAGAUGAUGGUCUAUGGUCCUUCCCUGAAGCCUACUGUAAGAUAGAGUGCCCAGAGCCUCCUACAGUACCUAAUGCCAAGCUCCUAGUACCCCAGUGCAAUGGUACAGGACAUGAUGUGGGUACCGUAUGCCGUUACAAAUGUAACCCAGGUUACUAUGUUACGGCCAGCCUAAACACAAAGUCAAGAAAGAGGAGGUUUCUGAAGGUGGAGUGUGUAGAGGGGGGCCAGUGGGAGGAGGGGGGCUGUGAACCCGUUCCCUGUCCAUCUCUGCCUGCUGUCUUUGAGGGCAUGUACACCUGCACCAAUGGCAGGCACUACAACAGCCUCUGUACCCUCCUGUGUCCCCACGCCUCAGAAAACCACACGAUUCGCUGCACUAAAGAUGGCAGGUGGACAGAGGAGUUCACCAUGUGUACAAGGUUAGCUGGAGCCUGUCCACCUCCGCCUGGUGUCAAUCAGGUUCACUUUGCCUGUGACGAGAGUUUCAAUGUUGGUGCAGUUUGCUACCCAACAUGCAGUGCGGCCCUGCAUGACCCAGUGGUGUUAGCCAGUGGCACCACUGCAGACAACGUCAAGCACUGGAUGCUGCCAGGCAGGGUUCAGGACAUCGUCUGCACAGGAAUGAUGAGAUGGCAUCCUGACCCCAAACUCAUACAAUGUAUCCAGUCAUGUGAGCCCUUUGGGGGAGAUGGUUGGUGUGACACCAUCAACAACCGGGCCUACUGCGAGUAUGAUGGAGGGGACUGCUGUCCAUCCACACUCUCAACCAGAAAGGUCAUUCCGUUUGGUGCCAACUGUGAUCAGGAUGAAUGCACUUGCCGUGAUCCAAACGCUGAGGAGAACAAGAGUAAAGCCAAAUACUUGGAAGCAGGACUGUUAUGAACGAUGGAUCGUUAUAUGUGAACAGGGCCAAGGCUGGCUCACAAUGAAACAACACCAGAUGAACUUCACCCCUGGACAUGAUAUAUUUCCAUUUUGUUUUCCUAUUAGGGAGCAAUGAAGGUAAUCUCUUCUUAGACAAAUAUAAAAACUGUUUUAAUAUUGUAGCUUUUAGGAUUACAACACAAUAACUAAUCUGUAAAGACAACUAACUUGUAUAGAAUAAUAUAUUUGGGCAAUCUCUAAUUUCGUAGAUGUGGUUAUGGAAGACUACAGUAUUAUAACAUCAUAUCACAUAAUACAUAUUUAUCCAUAUCAUAGGUACCUAACUUAACACUUUCUGCUAAGAGAGUUGUUGUUAGAUGUAGAAGUUCUCAAUAAAUAUUCCAUGCAGAUUUUGUGUAAUCUUGUUCUGUGUGAUAUUAUACUGUACUUUACACUUGAUGUUGAAUAAACCGUAAUAAACACUGA